UCUGUUCGGAGCUUCUGUGUUGAAGCUGCUAACGCCCAUUCGCUCUGCAGUCGGCUGCAUGUCGGUGAUAUGCUAGUCUAGGCUGUUUUUUGUUUUUUUUUUUUAAUAAGUUGUUAUUGCAAACAACCGGCAAUCAGUCUCAUAAUAUCUAAUGCUUUUGUGUAAAUACGAACGAACGCUUCGACGCAAUGCUUAAAUUUGAAAAGUAUUCACUCUGUAGAUUGGCGUAGCCUACGUUGUUACUUUCACUUUUGCUUCAAUGUAAUUUCUAUGCAAUCUGGGUUAAUUUUCAACGGGAAAGUGAUGAAGAUAUUUAAUAUGUUUUUUGGUAGGAUAUAUAUCCCUAUUCGUCGGGCCUGGUGCUUCUGCUGUUGAUACAGAUGGAGUGUCAGUGUUUGUGAUGGAGGGAGAUUCAGUCACACUACACAGUAGUGUUACAUCAAACCAACAAGACAGAGUGACAUGGUUUUUUAAAGACUAUCGUGUAGCUCAAAUUAACGGAGCUCAGAGUAAGAUCUGUGCAGAUGCUCAGUGUAAAGAGUGGUUCCAAGACAGGCUGAAUGUGAAUCAGACUGGAUCUCUGACCAUCACAAACAUCAGAAACACAGACUCUGGACGAUAUCAAGUUAGGAUCACCAGCCGCAACAUUGCGGACAUCUUCAGUGUUACAGUACAUGGUGUUUCUGCUGCCAAGUCAGUGAAGGAGGGAGAAACUGUCACUUUAGAUGCUGGUGUAAUAAAAAAACCCAAAGAUUUGAUGACAUGGUAUUUUAAUGACACUUGCAUUGCUGAAAUGACUGAAGAUCAGUGUAAGAUCUGUACAAAUGAUCAAUGUGAAGAGAGAUUCAGAGACAGACUGAAGCUGGAUAAUGAGACUGGAUCUCUGACCAUCACAAACACCACAAUCACAGACUCUGGAGAUUAUAAACUGAAUAACAGCAGCAGCAGAUUCAGCAUUAUUAGGAGCUUCACUGUUACUGUCACCUAUGUUUCAGAUUCAGGAUCGUCUUCAGUUACUGCUGCCGUUGUUGUUGUUGUUGUUGUUGUUGUUCUUCUUCUGCUGCUCAUCCCUGCUGUGGUUUUCUAUACGUGCCAAGCAGUAAUGAAACGUGAGUAUUAUAUACAGCUAAUUUAACAAGAUGGAAAUAUUGGAA